CCGUUAAUCCGGUUGUGCACUGACACCAUGGUUGAGACCCGUAGUGGGAAGAGCACUWGCCCCUACACCAAGGAGCAACAAGAGAAGAUGGCCGCCUUAGUGAGAGAAAAUAAGGAAAGGAAGUUGAAGGCGAUCGCAGAGGAGCAGGCGGCGAAGARGAAGAAAUUGGAGGACGAGAUGAUGAGGAUUCAGCAAGAGGAGGAAGAAAAGAGAAAGGCUGCUGAAGAGGAAGCAGCACCAGAAGAAGCAAAAGAGAGGAUGCRUAUUCAGAGUAGAGAGGGGAGUAGUGGCACGAAAAAGGAUAAAGACGCAGAGAUGGAGAAAAAGAUCAGCGAGUGGGUUGCCAAUUUAUCAUUGGGGGAAGACRAGGAGGCGGAGUCUUAUGUGCCUCAGGAUGAGAGAGAUGUGUUAGUCAGGGAGCUAAUGGCAAUGGAGGACCCCAUGGAACGACGAGAAAGAGAGGAGGAGCAGAAGCAAGAAGUGGAGGCCCAGGCAGACGACAAGUCCAAAUGGAAUAAGGUGUUGGGAUACUUGGAGGUGUUGAGUGUGGCUUGGAUGGAGGAGCGCCAAGCYAGUUGGAGUCAAGAAGUAGCCUUGAGUGCCAUGCGGUCGGGGCUUAGGGACUUUGCGCGCGAUAUGGUUACCCACGUUGGGGGAGAAGUUAGGAGGUUGAGAGACAACGUGGGGAAGUUUUGUGAGGGUGCUAUCGAGGGCGCCAAAGCGAUAGCCGCUGUAGAGGGCGAGGCUAGACCCCGCAAGGACCCGGUCAAGCUUAAGUUUCCAGAUGCGUACGGGGGAAAAAAGGAGGAAAACUUUGACAACUGGGRGGCUAGCGUCAAUAGUUACGCUUAUUUACAACAUAUCUUGACAGAGGAGCAAGUCCUCGUAGCUUUUCAGGCCCUCAAAGAUGAAGCGGCGAGUUUCGCCAGAUCCCUUGCGCGCGCAGCCAGUUGUGAAAACAACCUGGUUCCCUAUUCUAAAGUCACUCCCCUUCCUCAAUUCUUUAAGCUCCUGAGGGAGCGAUUUGCUGACCCAACGAGAGGCGUCAUGGCCUCUGAUAAGUUGCAGACGAUCCACUCGCGACAGUGGAGGAGUGCAAGAGCACUCAAGGGCGUUAUGGACGACUUGGUAGUCAUCCCAGACCAUGGGGUCACUGAGACCCAUUUGGUCCAAUUGUUUUAUCGUGCCAUGCCCGAGCCCCUGCGUGAGCAUUUCUUUGAGAAGUCUCAACAGGCCGACAUCACUUGUGAUGUGCGGAGUAGAGAAGUGGUCCUGUAUGAGUCAAAGUCCAUGCCAGUGUCCACUUGCCGGCACAAGGACUUGGACAAAGGAAAAAGGUGGAAAGGUCGUACCAUCUCAGGCCAAGUAAGGGCCAAGGAUCAUAUAAUCCUUACCUUAGAGGAAGGUGGUACAGACGAGGUCCCGUAUAGUCAGAUUGAGUGGGGCCUCGAGGARGAGGACAGCAGCGUGGGGCAGGGGAGGUCCUAUGCUGCUGUCGCAGCUGGAGGGAGGCCGCAAAGUAGAGGAGGAGGCGAUGGCCAAAGGGGCCAGGCCAUGGGAGGCCGAGGACCGGGCGCACAGGGGGUUGGCGGACAAGGGAACCGCCAAGUGGGAGGCAGGGGUCAAGGUCCCCCGCCAAAUCGUCAAGAGGUUGCAGGCCCGUGCCUAGCUAGCUGUCGAGAAACUGCUUGUGUUAGCGUCUCUCUAGGCACGUCCCUCACAGGUGUGGCAGAAGAGUUGAAGGAGAGGAUGCCAGCCUGGGCCAAAAUGAAGAAGGAGAGUAAGGAACAACUGAUCUUGGUAGAUGUAGAAGUGUUUAGAAGCAGAGUAGGGGCCCUUAUAGACUCAGGGGCCACCCGCAGUUAUAUUAGUCGUAGGGCGCUGAAGAAGCUGAGGCUAGGAUUAAAAGUCCAAAAGUUAGCAGACCCUAUAGUUAGUGUCCUCGCAAACAACCGUACAAUGCGUGUUGAGGACUACUUAGAGGGGGUCCCGGCGUACUUUCGCCUAGAGAAAGAUGGGAAGGUGGAGAAAGUUCUCCAUUCCCUAACUCUCCUCGUUCAGGAUGACCUUCCUUUUGACAUGGUGUUAGGAAUGGAUUGGGGAGAGGCAGCAGGGGCCACACUCCACUUGAGAGAGCAUGAGUGUAGGCUCAAUGCUCCGUCAGGCGAGGUUAAGACUGCCCGCCUGUUUCAUGUGUCACGUGUAGACAACACCUUGGCACAUUGUCGUCUCAGUGCUCCCGCGUUCGCGCGGUUAGUGAAGAAGGAGCGAUUAGAAGAACAGGUCUUUGUAGUUUAUGUUAGACCUGUCACUGAGGCUAAGGAAGAGGUGACUUCCACAGAUCCAACGAUUGCCAAGCUGCUGGAAGAGUUUAAAGAUUUGACCGAGUCGCCGACAGGAGUAGUCUUGGAGAAGUUGAGAGAGUCAAACUUCAAGAUCAACGCGAAGAAGUGCAAGUGGGCCAAGACACAAGUGUACUUGGGCCACGUAUUAGACGGAGAUGGGAUUAAACCUGAGGACAGCAAGAUAGCGGCAAUCCGAGACUGGCCGACGCCCCGCACAUUGACAGAGUUGCGGUCGUUCUUAGACCUAGCUAAUUACUAUAGAAAGUUCGUGAGGAACUUCUCUACUAUCGCCGCUCCCUUGCGCAGGUUGCUUAAGAAAGAGGCAAUCUGGCAAUGGGACAAAGAUUGUACGUCUACGCUAAAGAAGUUGAAGCGCGUAUUGAUAGAGUACCCUAUCCUCAAAGUAGCUGAUCCGUCCUUGCCAUUUGUCGUCACCACGAACGCGAGUCAGUAUGGUAUAGGCGUCGUGUUGCAGCAAGACGACGGCAAUGGCUAUAGACUUGUAGAGUUCAUGUCAGCGAGGAUGCCCUCAGAGAAGGUAGCCACCUCGACGUAUGAGAGGGAACUCUACGCUCUCAGGCAGGCCUUAGAGCACUGGAAGGAAUAUCUGCUUGGGAGGCACUUCAAAGUGUAUUCUGACCAUGAGACACUUAGAUGGUUGAAGACCCAGGCCAAGAUGACACCUAAGCUAACUAGGUGGGCCGCUGAGAUAGACUUGUACGACUUUGAGCUCAAGCCAGUGAAUGGUAAGUAUAACGUAGUUGCGGACGCUCUGAGUAGGAGAUCAGACUACUUUGGAGCCAUAGUACAUUAUCUGGAUAUAGGGAGAGACCUGCAGGAGAAAGUGAAACAAGCGUAUGCGUAGGACCCUAUCUAUAGCGACCGCCUAAAGAGAGUUAGAGAGGCCUCAGAGACCGAGCCACACUACCGCACUACCGAAGGAUUGUUGUUUAAGAAGACGGAUGUAUUCGACCGCCUAUGCGUUCCCAACAGUGAGUAAAUCCGCAGUGUGAUC